AUGUCCGACCCGAACGAUAAACGAUUCGUCGUCCUCGCCACACUUCACGUGAACCCCGCAAAAGUCGAAGCGUUCGAGAAGAUCUUUCGCCCCUUCGUCGCUUCCAACCGCCAGGAACCGGGAUCCAUCAAGUUCGACGUCAUCGUCACGCCUGACAAGAGCGAGUGGCAUAUGUUCGAGGUGUACAGGGAUGAGGAGGCGUUCGAAGCACACUGUGACACCUUGCAUCAUACGGAGUUUCACAGGAUCGCGAGGGACGAGAAGGACCCAUUGUUCACCAAGCCACCAAGAGUCCGACUGGACUACAAGAUCAUGUCUGGUUUGCAGCUGUCCUGA